AAGGUUAUAUCUCCCAGUAGAUAUAAAUACUCCCAGCAGCAAAAAUGCAACACGCUUGGGGUAAGAGACUACACCACAGAGCAUGAAUUCUUUCAACAAUCUGUUUUCUUUGGCUGUGGCCCUCCUGGCUGCAUGGGCCUGUCUGGCAGAAGGGGCAAUGAAAGGCUCUGUGUCAGCAACCAGACUCCGUUCCAGGCGGAUGGUUGGGGGGAGACUGGCUCCUCAUGUCCCCUGGCAGGCCAUGAUCUACCUCUCUGAUAAUGUGCUGAAUGGGGGCUAUGCAGGAGGUGCUCUGAUAUCUGAUCAAUGGGUGUUGACAGCUGGCAGAAAUCUCUUUGUAAGGAAGAGUCGACAGGACAUUCAGGGAAAAGAUCCUGUCAUCCCUAAAGUAUACCUCGGAAUCUCACACAAGGCAGAAGCUGGUGCAUCAAAAGAAGCUGCUGUUGAGAAGGUGGUUCUGCAUCCGGGUUUCCAGAACCGAUCUGACUGGGACAAUGACCUGGCUCUGAUCAAACUCAAACAUCCAGUCAUUAUGAGUGAUAAGGUUACCCCCAUCCCCCUACCAGAAAGAGGCCAGGAUCUUGAGAACAUAAUGGGCAGAUCAGGGGUCAUCACUGGCUGGGGCUGGGGGGUCCACCUCACCUCUGCUACAUCACUCAAACACCUUGUACUCCCUCUGGCCAAUCACUCUGACUGUAAGGCAGAAUAUGAACACAUUGGACUCACUCCAGCAGUGGAUGACAACAUGUUCUGCACUGGACCCACAAAGUUUGAAGAAAAUGUUUGUUUUGGUGAUGCGGGAGGAGCCCUGGCUGUCAGAGAUGCUCAAACUGGGCAUGUUUAUGCUGCAGGGAUUCUUUCCUAUGACAAAUCCUGCAGCCGGUACAAGUAUGGAGUCUAUAUGAAGAUGUCUUCAUAUUUGCCUUGGAUCCACAGUAUCAUCAGGGGAGAUACAGAAAAAUCAUCUGUUCUGCGUUCUGAUGCAAUGUCUAAGAUGUUCUCAUGGCAGCCAUAGAGCUUGAGGCUGCUUUGUUUUGAUAUUAGAGAGAAAUCUUUGCAACAUAUUGUGUGAGAAAAUGUUUGGCUAAUAUAUGUGGGGGAAAAAUCUUGGUAUUCCAUCUGAAUGAGUUGAUUUAUGAUUGAAUUAAAUACAUUAUACACCUCUUAUUCACAAUUUAGAAAGCCACAUUAUUUUUGUACUAUUUCUUAUCAAGAAAGAUCGUUCUCUCAAUAAAUGUAUCAAUUAAGUAAA